GUACUUAACCGCUUCGGUUUUUGCUAAGCUGCUUUCCGCUGCCUCGGGUCAGGGGGCACUGGAGGGCAGCUGCUCCACCUGCUGUCGGCAGGCUGAGGCUUUAGGCUUUGGAGGCUGUUGCUGGGUUUAAAAAAAAACAAGAAAGAAAAAAAUAAAUCAGGUUAGGGGGUUUCUGAAUGUCAGAGUGGAAGCCAGGCAUGUUCCAGAGGAGGCGUGAAUUCUGGAAAAGGUGGGUUUUUUUCCCCCCUCUGCUCUGUCCCGGGAGCCGUCUGCCUGCCUAACGCAGCGGGCGCGGGCGGUGCCUUCGCACCCAGCAGGUGCGGUCGCAAGCUCUCAUGAUCUGUGAUCCCCAGGCGCCGUCACUAAUGUCGUUUUUCCAUGAGAGUUCACUUGAGAAUUUGAGAAGCUUGGCGUAACGAUGCACCGUCGCCGUGCGAGGUGAAAUCCUCGUUGUUCUGUUGACGCUGAAACGGCAGUGCGUGCCUUACAAAGGCGGCGUGACUCAUUAGCUGUGUCAGCACGGCGCUGACGAGCGUUGGCAGCCCUGGAGUCGACGUCUCUGGAGAGGGAGCCUGCUCGUCAGCCGCAGUGACAGGCUGCCUGCUGCGGAAGCCCUGACAACGUACACCGAGGUUUCAGGUUCUGGACUUGUUCAGACCUGGCUCGUCUGCGGGGUUCACCAGGGAGCGAGUCGAUUGCUGUCACCCGAGCAGGGUUUGCUUCUGAUGAACGUCGCUCCCCGCCAGCGCCUGGCUGAGAACCAGAGCUGCUGCAGAUGGCCUGGCCGCCAUCACCUCCUUGUUUGCUCCCACUUGACCUGCAAACUUGGAAAAAGGCUUUAAACUCCCUCACCAAGUACAGAGUCAUCCCAUCUCCCACUUCCCUUCUAAUAAAAGCGCCAUUUAUGCAGCCCACUGUGCAGAAAUGGUGAUAGUGAUUAAUACUGUCAGCCCUCAAGGGAGACUUUAGCCUCAGGAAUCUUUUGUAUUAAAAUUAAUUUGCCGCUCCAACAAGCAGGUAUCCAAUUAUUUACCUUGUCCAUCACGGGCGUGGGUGUCAGUGUGGCUGGAAGUGUUCUGGCUUAGUUCGUUACCCCAACACACGCUGCAGCGUCUCGUCAGUGCUUGGGGCUCUCUGGCAGCCCGUAACCUGGGUGACCUGCAGGAGAACCUUCUCGAGGUGCCAUCGAUUUGACUUUACGAGUCAAUUUGGUGCAAGCUGUAAGUGGAACCCUCUGAGGUGCUGGCUGUGCUGCCGCAAGAGCGAGCAGCGGUGGAGGGACCUGUUUGCAUGUAUGUAUUUUUAUAAAUAGAUUUAAUAUUGUUAUUUUGUAAAAUGAUUUUAGGAAAACACAUUUCACUGCCAGUGCCCGUAACCUGAAGGGAAACGCUUUUAUAUGUCAGACUGGGUCAAUUGUGGUGACCCAGGCAACUCAAAUCUUGCAUUUUUCUUUUGUAUGAAACGAUCUCUGCUUCCUCUUUUGUUACACCUUAUGGACAUCAGAGAACCUUGCAGUGAAUUUCUCCGUAGGGUUUCCCUUUAGAGACGUGCGUUACCUGUCGGCAGUCGAAACUUCCACUGACUCCUGGUGCAGAGCAACCAACCAACUGUUGAGGCUGUGACCCACCCUGGCGAGAUGGUGAUGGUGGCUCAGGAAGCCGAGCAGGCAUGAAUCUAAUAGUCUCUAGUUUCAAGGGCAGUACAAAAAACCCCCUGUGUGAACAUUGGGGAUCUUUAAGUUUAUUUCUGGUUGAUAAAAAGCCACCAGCUCAUGCCCAUAUUAAUUUCUCAUGGUUAAAAACCAAAGGCUUGAUUCUUUGGUUGGACUUGUGUGGAUGUUAUUGCAAGAUCGAGUGUUUCAUGUCUGUCGCUGUGCAGGUGUGUCAAACAAAGCCUCUAAAAACUGAGGCUGUGCCAGUUUUGUGCAGCCAGUACAAUUCUUACAAGUUUUUUAAGUUAGUGGCUGCUGCAGUUAUGUUUUCUCUUCUCUGCUGUUCCUCCAGCCCGCUGCACAUGAGGUGCUGCCACUGUUGACUCCACCCGUUGCCUCUGGGGCAUUAAGAAAAAUCUCUCUUGUUUUACUCCCGUCCACAGGUACUGAGCCCAGGAGCACCUUUCCCUCGAGGUCUGGCUGUGCCGCCGCCUGCCGAUGCACCCGCUCUAGCAGCGGCCGGAGGGACCCCCGCCGGCCGCCAUCCGCAGGGCCCUCGGCAGGGAACGGUCACCAGGAGGCACCAUGAGGGUCGUGGUCACCAAAGUGCUGUGUCUGCUGGGCAUCUGUGUCCUCAUGCUGGCUGGGUCCCUUCUCCCCGUCAAGAUAAUUGAAGCUGAUUACGAGAAAGCUCAUCGCUCCAGGAAGGUUCUUGCCCUCUGCAAUUCUUUUGGAGGAGGAGUCUUCCUGGCCACCUGCUUCAACACCUUGCUGCCUGCUGUGAGAGAAAAGCUCAAUGAAGUUCUCAGGCAGGGGAACGUGACCACGGACUACCCGGUGGCCGAGACCAUCAUGAUGGUUGGCUUCUUUGUGACGGUCUUUGUGGAGCAGCUCGUCUUGACCUUCCAGAAGGAAAAACCCUCCUUCAUUGACUUAGAGACCUUCAAUGCUGGUUCAGACGUCGGGAGCGACUCUGAAUACGAGAGUCCCUUCAUCGCCUCUUCCCGAGGGCACACGUUGUACAGUGAACACGGUCACCACUCCCACAGCCACGGCCUGAAUAUCCAGGAGCUCUCCCGCUCCGGCCCCUUACGGCUCAUCGGGCUGGUGUUUGCUUUGUGUACGCACUCCAUCUUCGAGGGUCUGGCCCUGGGCUUGCAGGAGGAGGGCAGCAAAGUCAUGAGCUUGUUCCUAGGAGUUGCCAUUCACGAGACGCUGGUAGCGGUGGCACUGGGCAUCAGCAUGGCCAAGACCUCGCUGCCGCUGAAGGAUGCUGCGAAGAUGGCUGUGACGGUGAGCCUGAUGAUUCCUCUGGGCAUCAGCAUUGGGAUGGGGAUCGAGAGCACCCAAAACGCAGCCAGCCACAUUACUUCCCUGCUCCUGCAAGGCAUCGCAGGGGGAACUUUCUUAUUCAUCACCUUCUUUGAGAUCCUGGCGAAGGAGUUGGAAGACAAGAACGACCGUCUCUUGAAGGUUCUCUUCCUGGUGCUGGGCUACACGGCUCUGGCUGGGCUGGUCUUCUUCAAAUGGUGAGCACGAGAGCGAGGGGAAGCAAACCUCACCUCCUUCCCUUGCAACAGCACCGGAGAUGAGCCUCCCCUUCAGCCAAGGGGGACAGUGAAGCUCAACGGCCAUGUGAAACGUCAUGGUAUUUCCAUAUUGACCUGAAAAACGAUAAUUUCCUCCGGUGUCCUCAGAGGGAGAGGAGUGUCCCGGUGUAGGUGUCACAAGGUGUUGUCCUUGUGGGCGCAGCAGCUUGUGCAGAGAUUAAUCAACACGAACAUUAAGAACGUGGUUCUCGGGCUGCCUGCAAAGAGCUCGUCAAGCGUGUGGUUUCCUGUUAAUCUGCGUAGCCACCCCCCUCCCUCCUUCCCCUCACACCCAUUGCAGAAGCCGUGGCUGAGAGUCCGCUUCCUUCGCCCUCGGGCUCUCCGAGAAGGUGAGAAACAGAAACGAAGUCAAAAGCAGGUAGGAUCAGGGAUUGCGCAGCUGCACUAAGCUGCUUUUGCUAGCUUAGUUUUGAGCAAAACCUGGUCGUAAUAGCUGCCAAAAAUAACAUCCCCUCCGGGGCCGCUCGGCGUGCCUGGUGCCACAGCUCCCCCGAGCAGAGCUUCCAUUUUAACCCACAAGUGGCUCUGGGAGCUUUUGUUUCUCAGAGUGAUUAACGGAAGAAACGAGGCCAGGCCUCGUCCCGUGCUUCGUUCUCUACAUCUCAUCCAUAUGUUGAGCGUUCCCUAAGGAAAACCUCCAGCAGUGUGCUAACGUAUCAUUUGAAUAUCCUGCUGUCCCUGUCCACAGGCCCUUCCGCAGCGCUCCCAGAACCCAGGAUCCCUUGGUUUUUUGUAAGAAACGGGCAGCAGCGAUUUCCAGCAUUAAUAUUUUAGGGCAAAUGCUUGUGUUUAAAUGGUCUGCAGUGAAAUGGGUUUAGCAGUCGCCAUCAAAGCAUCUUCAGGGCUGCUCCCAGAGCCUCCACUCUCCCUGCCAGCGGGCUCACGUGGCGGUACGGAUGUGCGCGAGAGCUGCGCUGCAGAGGCUUUGCAGGGCGAUCUGUCGGUGUUUUCAAAGGAGAGAAAUCGCUUCCCUGGGGGUUUAUGAGGUUGUGGAAAGGCUGAUUAGAGGCGCUUGCAAUCUGAGCAGAUCACACCGUGUCUCCAGAGCGCGGCCCCCAGGGAAGCUCAGCGUGCUGCGGAUCCCGUCGUGAUCCUUCGGAUUCGCCCUCCUGGACGAGGAGCUCGGAUCAGAGCCUCCCUCCCCGCUCCCUCCCGUGGCUGUAACACAAGAGAGCGGCUCCCGCUCCGCAGCCCGGCAGGGUAACGUGGCCGCGCUCCUCGCCGGCCUCUCGCAGGGAAUGCAUUUUAAUUAGUUGUAGCUUUCGCUUCUCCAGCCGCUUCCGCAGGCAGAGCAAAGCUUUUGGAAGCGCUGAUGGAAUUAUAACGAUGUAGAGCGGGCUUAGCCAUGGCACAGUCCCUGUUAUCCUGAUCCAGGCGGGAAGAAGGAUGGGUGAGACUGUGAAGGAGCAUCUUGGAGCCAGUGGUUGGCACAGCUGCAGCAUAUGGAGGCUGAUGAGGAUCAUCUGACAGUUCCUGGUGCUCGGUAUCUUAAUUGCUGCAGCAUACCAAAGUCAAUUAAUCUUGCUUUGAAAAACCUGGAGUGGAAGGGGGGAGGGAGGGUUAUUUUAGGCCUCAGAUGACACAAAUUAGCAGGGCCUGAUGAGAAUGUAAUUUGCCUCGAUGUGGUAAACCUCUGUGUGUUAUUUCACUCCUCGCAGGCAGCUCGUGCAGGGCAGCUUCGCUCCCAUCGGGUGUUUCUCCACGCCGGUGGUGGUCCUGGGCAGGUGGGACGAGAGGGGAGAGGCAAGGAGCGAUGGGGAGCACAGCGCCGAGCGUUCCCUCUUGGGCAGAGCUGCUGGGUUCCUGCCUCUGCCUCUUAGUUUCUGCAGCUAAUGCUUUCCUACAAGGUUUUUUUUCCCCACCCCCCAUAUCUGGGCAAAUGCGAGCGCUGGUGAAGGCAGGGCCCCGCAGUCACAGUGUAUCCCACCACCUCGUUCCCCUUGUCUCAUCUUCCUCGUCCUUCUUCCCGCCCGGCCCCAUCUGCAGCCCAGGGGCUGAUGUACUAAAGCCAAGACAAGCUGUUGAUGUGAGGAGAUUCCUUAACCAGUGCCCGAAAGAUCGUUGGGGAUCUCAUCAUGCGAGUGGGGAUCGGGGAUCCCCCGCGCUCCCUGGGGCUAUAGUCAAGCCUGACAGCAGGGGGAAGGCGCUGCAGCCUCCAUUUUCUGUUUCUGCUGGUGGAUUAUUGGAGAGGGGAGCAAGAGGGGGGGUCAUGAAGCACUUUGAGAUGCUGAGCUGUCGCCCCUCUUCCCGCCUUGCUGAGGGGGGCUCAGUGAUGCCCAGGGGGGUUUAUUCACCCAUGCGCGGCAGCGUGUCGCGCUCCUGGGUUGCUUCAGGAGCAGAGAAGGAGGAGCCCGAUCUGCUGCUCCCAAUAAAGGCUGUGGCCUUCUCCCCUUUG